CCAACCACCAUCCGCAUUUUUUCUGAAUGAUGUGCACAAAAAUUAGGGCGUUGUGGAGACUUCGAUACUCAUUCGCAGAAAGAAAGUCUGCGCUUUUAAAAACGUAGGCGAGCAAUGGAUUUGUAUAAGUAAGAGGAAGAAGAAAAAAAGGAGAGACAAAAAGGGGCGUUUAACUUGACUGGAGCUCGACAUAUCCAAUGUGUGUAGAGAGAAGGCUCUGCGUAAAAACCCACGAACGACAGAUAGAGCUGGCAUUGGAAUCCGCUUUGGCACGGCUUCUUUUGUAACCUUCUAAGACUUUUGGACAGUUAAACCGCACCAAAAACCCAAUUGUUAUUACUUUUUUUUUCAGAGCGAAUCCAAAACAAGGCGUGCGUCAUCGUGUGGCGAGCUAACAGGAAAACUAGAACGCACUGAUCCCGCAGCCUCUUUUUGAGGAAGACAUGGCUAAAUUGUUCCGAGCUGCUAUCAUGGGUCCACCAGGAUCAGGGAAAGGAACCAUCUCCAAAAGAAUCGCGCAAAGCUUUGGCCUCCUGUAUCUGUCCUGUGGACACUAUCUCCGGGAGAGCAUAGUUGCAAAAACAGAGGCAGGUGUGCUGGUCAAGUCCUACGUUGAAAGAAGCAUGCUGGUGCCUGACCAGGUGAUAACCAGUAUGAUGCUGCCCAGACUGGAGCAGCUGAGUGGCCAGAGCUGGCUGCUGGACGGUUUUCCACGAACACUGCCACAAGCCACGGCUUUGAACAACCUGUAUCAGCUAGAUUUGGUCAUCAGUCUCAACAUCCCCUACGAGUCUCUGAGAGAGAGACUGAGUGACCGCUGGGUCCAUCCAGGCAGCGGUCGGGUCUACAACAUGGGCUUCAACCCACCACAAGUGCAGGGUAAGGAUGAUGUCACUGGGGAGCCACUGAUUCAGCACGAUGACGACAAACCAGAAGCCCUGAUGGCCAGACUGAGGCACUACAAGGAUGUAGCGAAGCCCGUAAUAGACUUAUACAAGUCCCAGGGAAUUCUGCACUCAUUCUCCGGUACAGAGACAGACAGGAUUUGGCCAUACAUCAACUCUCUCCUCAGCACCAAGAUGCACACACAGGCAUCAGAUGCCUGCCAGACCCACACCCCCUGACAGUAGCCUGGGAACAAGGACCAUGGGGAAACAUCAAGAGACCAUUAGAGGAAGUGGGUGGACGUUUCUGCACGCUGACCUCGGUGUCAGUUUUCUUCCUGCUCAUUAACGGUGGGGAUUUGAGAAAUGAGUUUCAGCAAAGUCAUACUGUAGGCAGCCAUUAGGUUUCCUAUCAGUCACUUCCUUAGGAAUGGUCAGAUAUGAAAGAGCAAUCCAGAAAAUGACACAUAUGAUAGUGACAUUUCAACCCUCUCUAAUGCCGAAUAAAAAAUCUUUAGAAACACAUUCGAAACAUUUUUAUCAAACAUUUGACAUUUUUUUAUUUUACUUUUCUAAAAAAAAAACAACCUUAAAAUAUAUCAAUACCAGAUAAAAGAUAGCUAAGAAUACUAAUUUUUCAUCCCUCAGGAUCAAUUAUACUACAAUCCAUUCUUUUUAUUUUUAAUCCCAAAAUCCCAUUGAUCUUUCGAGUUAUUUCCUUUGAAUUUGCUCUAUAUUUGCAGUGCUGCAAAGGACAAAUUCAUUUGGUGAACAGUUGCUGUACGUGAGUGCCUUGAGAAUCGUAGCAAGAUAGUGAGGAAGAAAAGUGAAAAGGACAUGAAAGUAGUUCACGAGUUUGUGUAAUACAGGUGUGCCUUUGUUUGACUAAUCCAAGCCCACAUUCAAAAAAGCAAUUUAAUAAACGUUCAGUCUAAAAAAAAAGGCAAUAUGAUGGAACUGAAGUUAGCCCAGAAAAAGCUAACUGUACGACAAAACGGCUAAAAACGAGCUAAAAAAUGUAAAUACUUAAUGUGAAAUUAAUUAAUAUAAAGGGGUAGAAUUUAUAUUGGUAAAAGAGGACCUAACUUACAAACAAAAGUUAGUAUAGAUAUAGCUAUUUAGAAUAAAGUGAGCCAAAAUAUUUGCUAAAUUGUGACCAAAUAAAAGUGAUUGUCAGCCAAGUUUUUAAAAUUGGUACAUAAAUGCAGGAAAAAUAUAAAAUAACUCCAAAAUAUGCCUUAAACCGCAUAUUUAGACAUACUUCAUAUCUUAUAAAAAAUAUAAACAAGUUAAAUAUUACAGAAAGCCAAAUGCCAGGACGAUAGUUCAAAGCCUUAAUUUGUUAAAAUGUUGAGAAAUACAGAAGCACAAAUAAAUGUAAGCGCUAAUAAAUAGCACCAAGCUAAGUUAAACUGACACAUCCAGACAACAGGACUAAAAACAAAACCUAGUGAAGUGGUCAUGUGGUGACAUGUGAUGACCCAAUUUUCAAGGAUUUUGAAGUGACAGAAAAAAAAGGUUACAAAAUUAAACGCUUGGUUCUGGCUAACUUGCACACCGCUAGCACGUCAGUAAUUAGCAGCCUUAUGAUAGCGUAGCUAAAGGCAGCAUAUCGCCCCCUGUUGUAGUAAAAAAUUAGACGUGAUCCUGAUUGGCUGUGAGGAGGGAUAAGGACGUUAGUCCAACUGAAAUGACCCUGGUCAUGUACUGAAAAAAUGGAGCUGGUAGAAAGACAACACAAGGUCGUGAGACUUCAGCCACAGGCAGGUUGUUUGUUGUUGUAGUUUUUACAUCUGUGCUUUUUUACAGUAACGUUUUUAGAUACUCUAAAUACAGAACCGAGAACGCACAACAAAAUCAUUUUGUAAUGACUUUAACUCCAAAGACAGCUUCAAGAUAGAUAUUCAACUACAGGAAUACUAACACUGUUUUGUAUCGUACACAAUUAUCUUGUGAACACCGCAAGCUUUCGCAAAAAUCAACCUGUUUUAUAUCGCGCUGGUGCAGCAGCAGUUAGCGGCUGUAGGUGACAGAGUAGCAUUUGUCAUUUCUAGCUUAGCAUCUGAAGGAACUGUCCGUCUGUUUUUAAACAAGUCGCACUGUGUAAACUGUUAUUCUUUGGCUUUUGUGCUGGAAUGCUGCAAAAACGUGUGAAGCUGGAGCUGGGGCGGGGGCCUGGUUGGGGCACGAAGCACUGGGUUGCUUACACAGCACACUCUUUAGCUGGGAUGAAGACAAGUGCACUUAGCAUAUACAGUAUAGUCAUGUCAGUACUGUAUGUACGUAUAUAUUCAGUGUUGAUUUCUCAAAUAUAUACCAGAAAACCGCCCAGAGAUUUAUUUUUCUUAGCACUGUCAGUGUGUUAUUGCUCAGAAUGUGUUGUUCCUUUACAGAAUAUGAGCAACUUUAGGGCGAGUGAGCCACAGUCAUGUGAUCAUCCUGACUGGGCUGUACAGGAUAAACACAUGAUUGUAAGGGUGAUGUCAGAUUUAUUAAGUUACAGGGUAAAAUAAUUUACAAAAACAAAUGACAUUUUCUUUACGCUUCCAUACGUCUAAAUAAUUAAAGUAAUCUAAACUUAUUUCAUGAAAAUUGAUGCGUUUUGUAUACAGUUUAUAUAAAGUGUUUACAUCACUUUAAAAUACUUUGAUUCAUUUGGAUGAACAAAUCAUGAUGCCAUUUUUUUUGUUUUCUGUUUCUUUUUAUUUCAGAAAAUUAAAAUAACUGUACUUUAUUACACUAAGGGAAUAAAAUAAACCUAAGAACUGAGCCUUAACAGCAAUAUUGAACUUACUUAUGUCUACAACUAAAUAAGUUUUGCUGUUUUUGCAUUUUAGACUUUUUAGUCAUAAAAAGUUGAUGCAGCAUAAACAAAAAGUUGAUUGUUGAGUUGAGUUUUUCAGAUCAAGAGAAGGUUAGAAAACAACACAGUGAACACGGUAUCACAUAUAAUACAUUAGUAACUAACAAGAACCGAGACACAUUUGAAAUAUUUGGGGAAACUUUUUUUUUAAUCUACUCUAUGAGUCCUGACCAGUGUUGUAAAAACAUGUACUGCUGGAUUUUAACUCCUUGAGAAACCAAACACCAAGCGAUGCAGAGAGAAUCACAUGGGACUAUGAAGCUUCAUUGCCUCACAACGAGCCAUAGCGAGCUCCCUCGUGUGGCUUUUACCUGUAGCUGCACCACAAAUGUGCUGCGUGCACACAGAACUGAAGGGGUAGUUAAAAAUAAAGCUACGAAGACACUGCCAACUCAUGGUUUUGCCAUCAGUUUGCUAGUUUGUGAGGGAAAACGUAAUCAUUUUGUUAUAUUAUAUGAGAGCAGAUUUCAAAAGCAGGGAAUGUUGACUUCCUGUCCUCUUUGGUGACGUUAUCCUCUGGCUUUGGACCACAUUGAACACACCCUCCACCCACAGUUUCACUUUCUUUAAUGAGCACUGAGAAGAUACAAAGAGGUUUUUUUAAAAAAAGAAGAAAAAUCUGAUUUGUAAAGUCUAGGGUUUUGAACAUAGUUUUCCUUCUGGUCUCAGUGAUCCCAGCAGUGUUGCUGUGAAUAGUUAAGACGCUGCCAAGGCCUUGUAGAAAAAUUCAAAAUAAAAAAGUUUCCAGAGGUGAGGACAGGCUGUUGCUUUAGAUGAUCUGUAUAACUAACUCCAGUGUACGCCUAAUGUCAACACGCAGCCUGUCGCGGGCUGUCAGAGUGCCUUCAGCGGGGGGAGGAGGGGGGCACUGUGGGACGUCUGUAGUGUACGUGGGUGUGUGUGUGUGUGACCACACCCCGCUGCUGCUGUUGUGUAACACUGCUGGAUUUUCUGCUUCCCUAUUUUUAUACCACAGUGUUGAAACAUGUCACAGUCUAAGAACAAUAAAAGUGUUUUUUUCACUCUG